AGCUUCCUCAAAUCAUAUCAUCAUAACCAUACCUUGUGCUUUUAUUUAAUUAUGCCUGAUGGAAAACUCGAGUAAGAGGAAGUUGGAAGGGGAAUGCCGCCUCUGUGACAUAGAACUUAAAGUACAACUGAGCAAUUUGACAGCAUUUCAAGCUACCCAAACGAGAACAUCUCAGAAGUGGGUCCUCCUACUUUAAUUUUCAACACAAGAGAAAAAGAGAAAUUGUUCUUCAGCGGCGUCAGAAUAAAUCCACAAUCUUUUAUAUUCGGGAUUUUAAAGACCUGGGUACAUCAUCAGCCUCUCCUCAGUGUGUUUUGCAAUUGAGUCCUCUGUGUGAGGCAACUGAAUUUCUUCUGCACAAGCCUGGGACUCGCUUGGAAGGUGCCCAGUUCUCGCUUGGUGCAAAAUUGUUUGCUUUCAUUUUUUCAUUGUAAGGAACAGAAGCCAUGGGUCAAACAAAGUGGAGAACACUACCCUCCAGGCGCUCGUACCUCAAGCUCUUUCAGUCUUUGGUGCUGGCUGGUCUUUUUUACUUCUCUUCAGGCAUCAUCCAGGUGACCAAGCCGGUGAAUGACAGGGCAGUAUUAUCCUGUGAUUACAACAUUUCCACUGAUGAACUGACAAAAGUUCGAAUCUACUGGCAAAAAAAUAAUAGUGAUAUGGUGCUGAGUGUCGUUUCCGGAAAAAUGAAAGUGUGGCCCAAGUAUAGGAACCGCACCGUAGCCAACAUCAUCAGUAACCCUUUCAUUGUGAUCCUGGGUCUGCGCCCAUCCGACAAGGGCAUAUAUAGCUGCAUCAUUCAGAAGCCUGAAAAGGGAGCUUACAAGUUGGGACACUUGACUAAGGUGAUGUUAUUGGUCACAGCUGACUUUCCUGUCCCAAGUAUAACUGAGCUUGGAAACCCAGCUACAAACAUCAAAAGAAUAAUUUGUUCAACCUCUGGAGGUUUUCCAAAGCCUCACCUCUCCUGGUUGGAAAAGGGAAAAGAAUUAAAUGCCAUCAACACAACAGUUUCCCAAGACCCUCAAACUGAGCUCUACACUAUUAGCAGUGAACUGGACUUCAAUGUGACAAACAACCACACCUUCAUAUGUCUUGUCAAGUAUGGAAACUUAACAGUAUCACAGAUCUUCAACUGGCAAAAAUCUGAGCCAACAACCUCUCCUUUUAAUCAUUCCUGGCUCCAGAUCUUAAUCCUAGUGGUUGGGAUUUCUGUGAUCAUUGUUAUUGCAGUAUUUUGUUAUUGCUGCCUGUGCAACAGACCUGCUGCAAGAUGGAGAGAGAGAAGGAAGAGUGGGGAGAGUAUGGAAAUGAAAACAAUCUUCCCUAUCGUCUCAGGAUCUGCAGAAGCAUCAGGCUGAACAGAACAUCUGAAGGAAACGGAUCAUUGGGCAGAAGAAUCUUCAGUGGAUGGGAUGUCAUGGAAGCCAAGAAAAGAUAGAGUUUCAAGACGGUGGAAUUAGCCCUGGCUGGGUCGCUCAGUUGGUUGUGUUGUAGGCAGUUAGACACGAGCAGAGCAAGGAUGAUAGACCAGGUACAGAAGGUCGCCAGGGUGGAAAGUCCCAGGGGACUUAGCCCCCAGGGUGACUUUUCCUCCCCUAGCAUAUCAAUGGUCCUGCAGUUUGGACCCCCCUAACCUUUCCUCCCUCGAGAUAAGAUCUAGGCCUCGGUUGUAUUUCAGUUCCAGGCCCAGAAAAGCAACAAAACCAGAC